ACUUUUCUCCACAGCAAUGAACCCACUUCAGUGUUCUGACUGCGGGAAACACUUCAAGAGACCCAGCGAUCUGGUAAAACACCAACGAAUUCACACCGGUGAGCGGCCGUACACCUGCUCCGAGUGCGGGAAGGGAUUCACUCGCUCAUCCGACUUGCUGAAACAUCAGCGAGUUCACACUGGAGAGAGGCCGUUCACCUGCCCCGAGUGUGGGAAGGGAUUCAUUCAGUCAUCCCACCUGGUUAGGCACCAGCGAGUUCACAAUGGCGAGAGUCCAUUUACCUGUCCCACAUGUGGGAAGGGAUUCAUUCAGUCUUCCAACCUGGUACGACACCAACGAGUUCACAACGGGGAGAGUCUGUUCAUCUGCUCCGAGUGUGGAAAAGGAUUCACUCAGUCAUCCCACCCAUUGAUCCACCAGCAAGUUCGCUCAGGAGAGAGGCCAUUAACCUGUGCUCAGUGUGGGAAUGGAUUCACUGGGGAACAUUUUUCAAUCUCACAGGUUAACCAAAUUGAUGUUACUCAGCAACUUUUGAUAGAAGAAUACAAGGAAGCGGAACAAAGUAAGUGUGCAACUCCAAGUGUUUCACCUUUAUUUGUAGAGGAGAAUACAGAAGAUGAUUACAUUCACGCAAGUGAGGGACUGUUUGCUUAUCAUUCUGUGCGCCACGGACAUGGUUUCGGAUUUGGUGAUUGUACAUCACAGUUGAUUAAAAAACUUUACCAACCAGAGUUCUCAUCUGCUUGGACAAAAUCCGAGGCAAUUAUUUGCAAUGUAUUGGCGCCCUUGUCAACUGAAGAAGUACUGGGUGAUUUAAAGCAAUGUUCGUUUAUUUCUCUUAGCUUGGAUACGUCAAACAAAGAAGACUACAAGCUGUUCCCUGUUCUGGUGCGUUAUUUUCUUCCAAUGACUGGGGUGAAAACAAAAAUCAUAGAGUUUACUACGCGACCAGCUGAAACAUCUGACUGGCAAUGUGAAUUUCUUCUUCAACUGAUCAAGAAAAAUCACCUCAGUGAAAAGCUGGUUGGACUUUGUGCAGACAAUAUCAAUACGAAUUUUGGUGGUGCUAAACGAGCUGGGAGAAACAAUGUGUGGCGAAAAUUGCAGGUCAAACUUGGGAGAGAGAUGUUCAGUAUUGGCUGUGGCACUCACAUUGUGCAUAACUGUCUGCAAACAGCAGCUGACUGUCUUCCACUUGACGUGGAGUGCUUUGCUGUGAAAGUUUAUAAAUACUUUCACGUUUAUACUGUUCGUAUAGAAGAACUGAAAGACUUCUGUCGAUUUGUGAGCCUGGAGUAUUCUAAGUUGCUAGAGCAAGGCAGUGCACGGUUCCUUUCUCUUGGACCAGCACUAGACAGGAUUCUGUUGAUUUUUGAGGGACUGAAGAUAUAUUUUCUAUCGCAAGAGAAGUGCCCAACACUGUUAAAGUACAUGUUUAAUGAUCCUUGCACCAAACUGUGGCUUGCUUUUGCUAGUAAACAAAUAGCAGUCUUUCAGAAGGCAGUAGAGGUUAUUGAGAAAAAUGAAUCCUCCGUUACCGAAGUUGCACUGCAAAUCCGUGCCCUACGAGAAAGCUUAGCAGAGAGGCUCAGAGAAAAGUCUGUUACAUCUGACACAAAGAUACUCUUGCAGUGUUUGGUUGAGGAUGGGGAAAUUACUGAAGGGAAAUUCUAUAAUGCAGUGGAGAAUUUUUUCUCAACGGCACUAAGUUACCUGGAUCAGUGGAAACCAGCCUUUGAGUGCACAGAACUGCUUGAGUGGGCCUUGUUGAGGAACAUGCCGCAGUGGGAUGACAUUCAAAGCAGCCUGGCCACUUGCCAAACAAGCAUUGCCAUUCUAAGUUUAAUAGACAAGAAACGUCUUUUUGAUGAAUGGGGAAAUUCAAAACAAAUAAUCUCCCGACACAUGCCCAGUUGGAAUGCACAACAAGUACCAGUCUCUGAAAGAUGGUGCCAUGUUUUCCAGGAGAUGGGCAGGAAUGGGAUUGAAUACUCACAUCUGGCAAAAGCAAUUGAGUUCAUAUUGUGUCUACCAGGCAGCACAGCCCCCGUUGAAAGACUCUUUUCGGCAAUGAGCACAGUCUGGGCACCUGAGAAGUCACAUUUCAGUGUUUCUACAAUGAAGGCUAUUUUGUUUAUGCAGGUAAAUUUUGACCUUGAUUGCUCAGCCUUCUAUGAUAAACUGUUGAAAGACAAACGGACCUUACAAAGGAUUGCUUCAAAAGAAAACUACAACCCAGAGGAAUCAUUGCACUGUAAAGAAGAGAGGGCCAGCUCUUCCAAAGAGCAGUAGCUGCUUAAUUUUUUCUUUCAGGAACGCAGUCAUUUGCCAAAUCGAGUUACACUUUGUUGUGAAAUGCAACUGAUAUCAGGAGUCGGAAAAUAUGGGAGAGUUUGCCACUUCUUAAGAAACAAAAGGACACCCACAUUAUGGCUAAAAUAAGGGACUGUCCGGAUAAAAUUGGGAUGUACAGCCACCAUUUUCACUUGGUCAUCCCAUCUGGCGACGCAUCAGAAAGUUCACACUGGGAGAGGUUGUUCACCAGUUUUUUUUGGAGUGAGAAGGAUUCACUCAGUCAUCCGACCCGAUAACGCAACAGUGAGUUCUUACUGGAGAGAAGUUGUUCAUUUCUUCUGAAUAUGGGAAGAGAUUCACUUGGUCAUUCGUAAUGGAGAGAGGCUGUUUGUCUGUUUCCAUGUGAGGGAAAGGAUGGAUUCGGCUGUCGCACCCAGUGAUAACGGCACGGUGAGAGACUGCUUAGCUGUUUGAAUGUGGGGAAGGGUUCAAACUUAUGCCAUCUGGUGACACACCAGCAAGCUCAUGCCAGGGAGGGGCUGUUCACCUGCUUCAAGUAUGUGAAGGGGGAUUCAGUCAUUCUGUGGAGACAUCAGCGAAUUCACAAUUAAAUGUGUGAAUAUUUAAACACUGCAGCCGCUGAGACACCAGUGAGUUCACGGUGACUGCAGACCCUAGAUUCUGCAGUUACUGCUGCUGUUGAUCACUCUCAGGGUUGAACCCUGAUUAUUGGGCAGAACUGAGGUUUGUUUCUGCUGAUGUUCCCAACCUCUGUAACUGGCCUGAAGUUUCAUAUUCUGCAUCCAUUUGGUGGGUAUGAAAGGAAAGGGACCCAGAGACAGCAAAUCCCACCACGGCAGCUGGAGAAUUAGGUGAAUUUAGAAUAUCACAAGAUCACAAGACAAAGGAGCAGAAGCAGGCCAUUCAGCCCAUCGAGUCUGCUCCGCCACUUCAUGAGCUAAACUAUUCUCCCAUCUAGCCCUAAUUCCUGGCCUUUUCCCCCAUAUCCCUUGAUACCUUGACUAAUCAGAUACCUAUCAAUCUCCUCCUUAAACACCCCGAAUGAUCGGGCCUCCACAGCUGUAUGUGGCAACAAAUUCUAUAAAUCCACGACCCUCUGACUAAAGAAAGUUCUCCUCAUCUCUGUUCUAAGACUGUGCCCUCUUGUCCUGGACUCACCCACCAAGGGAAACAACUUAGCCACAACUACUCUGUCCAGUCCUUUCAACAAUUGAAACGUUUCUAUGAGGUCCCCUCUCAUUCUUCUGUACUCCAAUGAAUACUGUCCAAGAGCCAACAAACGCUCCUCGUAUGUAAGCCCUUUCAUUCUGGGAAUCAUCCUCAUAAAUCUUCUCUGAACCCUCUCCGACAUUAGUACAUCCUUCCUAAGAGAAGGGGCCCAAAACUGCACACAGUAUUCCAAAUGAGGUCUCACCAGUGCCCCAUACAGCCUCAUCAACACAUCCUUACUUUUAUACAUUAUUCCUCUUGAAAUGAAUGCCAACAUAGCAUUCGCUUUCCUUACUGCUGAUCCAACCUGGUGGUUAACCUUUAGGGUAUCCUGCAUGAGGACCCCCCAAGUCCCUUUGCACUUCCGAAUUUUGAAUUUUCUCCCCAUCUAGAUAAUAAUCUGCCCAUUUAUUUUUUUCUUCCAAAGUGUACAACCACACAUUUCUCAACAUUGAAUCUCAUCUGCCAUUUCUUUGCCCAUUCUCCUAAACUGUCUAAGUCUCUCUGCAACCUUCCUGUUUCUUCAACACUGCCUGCUGCAACAUCUAUCUUGGUGUCAUCUGCAAACUUAGCCACCAAACCAUUUAUUCCAUAAUCUAAAUCAUCGAUACAGAGUGUAAGAAGAAGCUGCGCCAACACCGACCCCUGCGGAACACCACUAGUAACCAGCAGCCAACCAGAACAGAAUAUCAAGCUGAUAUCGAUAGUAACAGUCAUGAAACUGCUGGAUUGUUGUAAAAACCCAUCAGGUUCAUUCAUGAGCCUCUAGGAAGGAAAUGUGCCACCCUUACCUGGUCUGGUGAGUUUGGCCCUCCACAUCCGGCCCAGGUUGGUGUUGGUGAAGGGAGUGCAGGUGGUAAUUCCAGGUAACAGGGCUGGUCCAGCCCCAUCCGUCCCAUGAUGUCUCCAUCCCCAGUCUCUCUGAAUUCAGUGAAUGUACCAGACACGGAUACACCAUGCGGCCCAUCUGGUUCCUGCUGGUGUUUAUGUCCACACCAGCCUCCUCGCAUUUGCCUCAACCAUACCCUGUGGUUGCGGGUUCCACAUUGUCACCACUGUAUGGGUAAAGAUAAAUAUGCAGUGUGCUGUUUUAGAUUAUUGUGUUAUUAUAAAACGGACAGUAAACAGCAAGAGACUAGAAAUAAUAUAUGAUGUACAGCACAAUUACUGGACUGGAAGUAAAAGCCUGGAUAUUUCUGCAGGAAUCUCAGUAAAACAACCAGCAGUCACUGUUACAAUGUGAACCUGUCAGCAGCUCAGAUCAACAUCAGAAUCCAACUCUCAUUCCCCCAACACCACCCCACCUAGCUUCUCUUUCCUCCAUUAUGAUACUUGUUAAAACCUACCACUCUGAACAACUACCAAGAGAGUACUUAGAUUUCCAAAAGGCAUUUUGUUUCAGUAAAAGGUUACUGUAUAAAUAAGGACUCGGGGUAUUGAGGGUAAUACAUGGAUAAACUGACGGCAGGCAAAGAGAUGGGAUACACGGGUUCACAUUAGGCUGGCAGUCUGUAACUAGUGGGGCUGAAGUUGCUGUCUGCGAUUCAACAUCCCGACAGGCUCUGUCAUUUGACACCGUGUCCCUGGGAUCGUGGAAAAUCACUGGAACUGAUCUGAGUGGAAGGUGUUUACGAACUCAUUCCACUGUAAAAUAACGGAAAUCUGACACAGUUGCAUGAGGUUUAAGUGAGUUUAUAACGAUGCACUGAGCCAUAACUACUGCUUAGCAAAUUAGCACUAAAAGUCUACUUUUAUUUCUGAGUUUUGUAAAAUCUUCACAACCUAUACUUCAAAAUGUAAUCACUUAAAAAUGGAAAAAGUAUUUUUUUAAAAACUUGGUAUUUCAGGUUUUGUGUUAAUCAUGUAUGUUUCUAUC